UUGGGAGGGGGCAGGAAAACGGACUCACUCCCGACACUAACCGAGUCUUCUCUCUGCAGCUCCACUCUCCAGAAAGGCCGCUUGUUCUUUAAUCACCAAGUACCUGGCAGGAAAACACCAGAUCCGGGAGAACCAGCAGCAAUUCCUUUUGGCUGUACGGGUAAUCUGCCGGGGAGGAGGCCAGCCCCCCUACCCUUCCCAAAGGGAGGCUGUGGGAGGGGGAGGCCAUUAGGGACAUCAUGGUGGCCUCCCUUUUGGAGGUGGGGCCGACCCUCCUCUCCGCCAUGGCCGCAGUGGAGCGCUUGAGCAAAUUCCAGCCGAAGUUCAGCGCUCCACUGCGGCGGUCCUUGGAGACCUGGGGGCUGCGGCUGGUCCUGGGCCGCCCCUCAGUCCCUGGAGAGGAGGGAGCCCAGGCUCCAGGGAGUGCUGCGGAGAAGGGCCUCCUGGCCAUGCUGGCCGGCCUUCUAAGGGAGGACCCCUCUGCCGGGCACCUGGCCUCCCUCCUGGAACAACUCGUCUACUGGGCCCAGGUAGACUGGGAGGCGCCCAGGCACCGGUCCAUAAAGGUCAUCUUGGACCUCCUGGGCGCCAUGAGGGAGCUCCCCUCCAUUAACAUCUUGGAGGGCGAUGGGCUGGGCUCCCUAGUGGUGCAGCUGGCCGUCUCCCUGGCCGACCCGGAAGGAAGCAUCCGGGAGAAGGCCAGGGAGGUAAUGAGCCAGCUGCUCACGAUGCUCCUUCGCCGGCGGGGGCUCCGAGGGAAGCGCCCACGCCUUGUUUGGGCCCAGGACGCCCAGCGGCCGUGGCGAGCAAGCUGCUUUGACCUGGUCAGCAUCUAUGAGCUGUUCUGGAACCACCUCAGCAUAGGACAGCAGAGCUCAUUCCGAGAGGCCGCCCUGCAGCACGCCCUGCUGCUGCUGGGACGAAGGUGGGCCAGGGAGGCAGGCCUCAUCCUGCUCUACAGUUCCAUCGGCCAGGCAAGACCCCUCCUGGAAGAGCAGGAUGAGGACUACUUAAAAGGAGACCUGGCCCACCUCCUCUACAACCUGCAAAUGGGCAGGUCGCCCUUGAAGCCCCAGCUCUGCGCGGGGAAAGAGGGCUCCUCUUGCUGCUGCUGCUGGGUGUGUUCCAAGCUUCCGAGUUCUGAUCCUGCUCAGACUGAGCGCCAGGGAGGCUUGAUGGAAUCAGGGCAGAUGGGGAAAAGGGGAGCUGUCUGCAGAAAGGGGCUGUGA